UUUUACAGCCAAGGAGUAUGUUGGUGUUUGGGCUUAUGUUGUAUUAUUAUUUUCUCUAAUUUAUCCUUAAACAAGCAUUCUGUACCGUUGAACAUAGCCAGCCUCGUGGAUAUUCUGUACAGAAAGUGGAUACGCGAGAGGUUCACCAGGUGUGUGUGAGCUCUGCGGGGAGACUCCGACUUUUCGGCGCGGACUCCGCCGUUACCCCACGCGAGCUGCUAGAAUGAUGUCAUACCUCAAACAGACCCCGUACGGCGUGAACGGCCUGGGGCUCGGGGGCGCGCCCAUGGAGCUCCUGCACCCAUCCGUUGGGUAUCCAGCCAAUCCCAGGAAGCAGAGGAGGGAGAGGACAACGUUCACGCGCACGCAGCUCGACAUCCUGGAGUCUCUGUUCGCCAAAACGCGUUACCCCGACAUCUUCAUGCGCGAGGAAGUGGCUCUGAAGAUCAACCUGCCGGAGUCCAGAGUACAGGUGUGGUUUAAGAACCGGAGAGCUAAGUGCAGGCAGCAGCAGCAGAGCAGCAGCAGUAGUAACAGUGGCAGCAAUGCUAAAGUCCGGCCUGCGAAGAAAAAAGCCUCCCCAUUGCGUGAGAGUCCUGGUUCUGAGAGCAGCGGCCAGUUUAGUCCUCCUGCUGUGUCCAGCACCAGCUCAUCCUCAUCAUCUUCCUCCUCAUCCUCUUCAAAUUCGAACCUUGGUGGACUGGGCAUGAGCAGUAGCUCCGCCUCUGGGGCCACGCCUGUGUCUUCUAUCUGGAGCCCUGCCCCUAUAUCACCUCUUCCGGCUCCCCCCACAGUCCCAGAUCCUGCACCUCCUAGCAGUGCGUCCUGUAUGCAGCGUGGUGUUUCAGGAAGUGGAGGGCCAGCUGGAGUAGCCUCGUACCCAAUGUCUUACAACCAGACGGCUGGUUAUGCCCAGAGUUACCCCAGCACUGCGUCCAGUUCAUAUUUUGGAAGCAUGGACUGUAGCUCCUACCUGGCACCCAUGCACAGCCACCACCCACAUCACCCUCAGCUCAGCUCCAUGACGGGCACUGGGGUGUCUGGACACCACACACACCCGCAUCACCCCCACCACCUUGGGCAGAGCAACGGGCACCACCACCCUCACCAUCACCCGCAUGCACACACACACCAGAGUUAUGGUGGUGCAGCGCUGCCCUUCACCUCCUCAGACUGUGUGGAUUACAAAGACUACAAAGACCAAGCUGCUUCACCAUGGAAACUAAACUUCAGUGCAGACUGUUUGGACUACAAAGACCAGGCGGCUUGGCGCUUUCAGGUCCUGUGA